AUGUCGUGCGCGAAGAUUCAAUGCGAGACAACGGUGGCGAUCCUCUCACGCAGUCCCACGCUUCCGCACUCUGUCGUCCGCGUCGUCGCCAUCAUUUCCGCAGCUCGUCGCCUUCGCGACCCCAGCCAGUCGCGAACGCUCCGCCCGUCGCGAACGCUCCGCCCGUCGCCUUCACUUCCCCCCCGUCGCCUUCACUUCCCCCCCAUCGCCUUCACUUCCCCCCCGUCGCCUUCACUCCCCGCCCACCGUCGCCUGCUCUUCCCCGUCGCCUUCACCCCCCCCAACCCCGUGGUGACUUCCCACCCCCCGUCGCCUUCACUUUUCCCCCUCCCGUCGUUUUCACAUCCCCCGCCCAAUGACCUUCAUUUCCCCCACCCCGUCGCCUUCACUUCCCCCCCCCCCCCCCCCCCGUCACCUUCUCUUCCCCCAUCCCGUCGCCUUCAACCCCCCCCCACCACGUCGCGACUUCCCACCCCCCGCGCCUUCACUCCCCCCCCCCCCCCCUCCCGUGGCACUUGCUUCCCCCGCCUGUUGCACUUGCUUCCCCCGCCUGUUGCACUUGCUUCACCACCCGUCGCCUUCACUUCCCCUCCCAUUGCCUUUCACUCUCUCCUGCUCAUUCUCUCUUCCCCGCCCGUCGCCUUCUCUACCCCUCCCAUUGCUCGUCUUUAUCCCCUCCAUUCCCCCACCCUACGCUCUCUCUCCUCCCCCACUGCUCACUCUCUCCCCCACUGCUCACUCUCUCCCCCACUGCUCACUCUCUCCCCCACUGCUCACUCUCCCCCACUGCUCACUCUCUCCCCCACUGCUCACUCUCUCCCCCACUGCUCACUCUCUCCCCCACUGCUCACUCUCUCCCCACUGCUCACUCUCUCCCCCACUGCUCACUCUCUCCCCCACUGCUCACUCUCUCCCCCACUGCUCACUCUCUCCCCCACUGCUCACUCUCUCCCCCACUCCACUCUCUCCCCCACUGCUCACUCUCUCCCCCACUGCUCACUCUCUCCCCUCUCACUCUCUCCCCCACUGCUCACUCUCUCCCCUCUCACUCUCUCCCCCACUGCUCACUCUCUCCCCUCUCACUCUCUCCCCCACUGCUCACUCUCUCCCCCACUGCUCACUCUCUCCCCCACUGCUCACUCUCUCCCCCACUGCUCACUCUCUCCCCCACUGCUCACUCUCUCCCCCACUGCUCACUCUCUCCCCCACUGCUCACUCUCUCCCCCACUGCUCACUCUCUCCCCCACUGCUCCCUCUCUCCCCCACUGCUCACUCUCUCCCCCACUGCUCACUCUCUCCCCCACUGCUCACUCUCUCUCCCACUGCUCACUCUCUCCCCCACUGCUCACUCUCUCCCCCACUGCUCACUCUCUCCCCCACUGCUCACUCUCUCCCCCACUGCUCACUCUCUCCCCCACUGCUCACUCUCUCCCCCACUGCUCACUCUCUCCCCUCUCACUCUCUCCCCCACUGCUCACUCUCUCCCCUCUCACUCUCUCCCCCACUGCUCACUCUCUCCCCUCUCACUCUCUCCCCCACUGCUCACUCUCUCCCCCACUGCUCACUCUCUCUCCCACUGCUCACUCUCUCCCCCACUGCUCACUCUCUCCCCCACUGCUCACUCUCUCCCCCACUGCUCACUCUCUCCCCCACUGCUCACUCUCUCCCCCACUGCUCACUCUCUCCCCCACUGCUCACUCUCUCUCCCACUGCUCACUCUCUCCCCCGCUGCUCACUCUCUCCCCCGCUGCUCACUCUCUCCCCCACUGCUCACUCUCUCCCCCACUGCUCAAUCUCUCCCCCGCUGCUCACUCUCUCCCCCACUGCUCACUCUCUCCCCCACUACUCACUCUCGUUCUCCCUGGACUCACUUAUCUUUCCCCCCUGUUUACUCUCUAUUCCCCUUCGUUCAACCCUUUUUCCCCACAAUCCCUCUCACCUCCCCUGUUCACACCCCUCGUUUCCCCCUGCUUACUGGCUUUCCCCUUUGCUCACCUCCUUCUCCUCCCUGCUCACCCUAUAUCCCUCUUUGCUAUCCCCAUCCUCCCCUCCCCGCAUGCCCCGCGCAUCAUGUGUCCCUCGCGCACUCCGCGCUACCGCAGCGGACUUGACGCUGCGCCUCAAGGGCGCGCCUUUCGCGGCGAUGGGCGCGCGGCUGAUCCUCUCCGCGCGCUCCGUGGAGCGCCUGGAGGCGGUGCGCACUUCCUGCUGCGGGAAGCACGCGCCGGAGGGGGUGGUGGUGCUGCCGUUCUGCCCAUCCGCGCACAAUGA